UGUGAGCAUUGGUGUGUUUCCGUGUGAAGGUUUAAUUGGUAAAGACUACUGACCCAGAUCAAGAUGAGAACGGGUUCUACUGUAAGGGUCUACUGUCAUUUUUCACUGCAGUAAUCUGAGUGACACCAAGCAGGUGAUUGGGACCGUUGUCUAUGAGAGCCAUUUAUCGUUUAAUACAGAACGAAGCUGCGAUGAUGAUCUGUCAUUGACACUCUUGUGGUGCCAUGCUGCUAUGUAUCCUGGAGGUGUUUGUGUGGACGACUUUUUAUCAGUCUGCUUGCAUCCAGUUUCCACCCCCAUCUACUGCUGCAAUUUAUGUACCCUGUCUGGAAAAAGGUCUUUACGUAUAGUUGGAAUAUGCCCAAUGUAGAGCUGAGGAUGCACAGGUGGAAUUCUCUCCUUUGGAAAUGGCCGCUCCAAUUUUCCUCCCUGUACCUGGGCUUUCUGUAUUUCCUCUGCUCUUCCUCUGGGGUUUCAGCCAGCAUAUGCACUGUAACAGGGGGCGUGUUUGGCAUCCACUGGAGCAACGUCAUCGGGCUGGGUUGGCAGGCGCUAGCGGUGGACCAUGGGGGACCUCGGUGCUGGGAAUCCUGCUGCAUGAAGCCCUCAUGCGGUGCUGUGUGGAGCCUCGGUGGACGUUGCGUGUUACUGGCUUGUAUUAAAACGGAUGGCUGCUCUAUCACGUCGCUCCCUCAGCCGGAUGAAGAAUCUGUGGGGCUUUUACAGCAGCUGAACAAGAGGAUGCGCAGGAGGAGGAAAGUUCGCCACGUUCAGAAUGUCAGAGUGAUCAGGGAUACAGACAAUGACCAACCACCCGAACCUACAGCAGCACUGCCCACAACUCCUCUACAUACAGCCAGUGAAACUAUCGGCCAAUCCACCAAAGGCAGGGAAGAACCGGAAUCCCCCUUGGCUUCUGAGCAUAAUUCAACAACAGUCAUUGUCGAUCAUUCAACAAUGUCCAACAUCAGCAGUCCGUCACCACAACCCUCACCAACAACACCAGCUGUGCGGGAACUGGUCGUGUCUGCCGGCAACAGUGUGGAGGUCACUUUACCACGCAAUGAGGUGGAGCUGAAUGCUUUCGUACUCCCAGAGCCCCCUUCAGAGACGAGCUAUGUCUUUGACUGGCGUUUGAGGACUCAUCCGAAAGACUACAGUGGAGAAAUGGAGGGUAAACACAGCAAAACGCUCAAGCUCAGUAAGCUCACAGUGGGUCUGUAUGAGUUUGAGGUAGUGGUGGAAGGUGAGGGCGCUCAUGGUGAAGGAUAUGUCAACGUUACUGUCAAACCAGAGCCACGAGUGAACAAGCCACCUGUUGCUGUGGUUUCUCCGAAGCACCAGGAGAUUUUAUUGCCAACGAGCUCCACUGUGAUUGAUGGCAGUCAGAGUACAGAUGAUGAUAAAGUGGUGUCGUGGCACUGGGAGGAGGUUAAGGGGCCUCUAAGAGAGGAAAAGGCCUCGGGUAAUACAGCUACUCUCACCCUUACAGGCCUGGUUCCUGGUAACUACACCUUCAGUCUCACUGUGACUGACUCGGAUGGAGCUCAAAAUUCAACUCAAGCCACGUUGACAGUCAACAAGGCCACAGACUACUGGCCCACAGCUAAUCCUGGACCCAACCAGGUCAUCACCCUGCCACACAACUAUAUCACACUGUAUGGCAACGAGAGCACGGAUGAUCACGAGAAUCUGUCGUAUGAGUGGUCGCUCAGUCCUGAGAGUAAAGGCAAAGUGGUGGAGAUGCAGGGUGUGAGGACACCCAUCCUGCAACUUUCUGCUAUGCAAGAAGGUGACUACACCUUUAAGCUAACUGUCACUGACUCGUCCGGGCAGCAAGACUCAAAGCAGGUCACUGUGAUUGUCCAGCCAGAGAAUAACAAGCCUCCUGUAGCAGACGCUGGACCAGACAAAGAACUGACACUGCCGGUCGAUCGCACCACGCUCGAUGGAAGCAAAAGCACAGACGACCAAAAAAUUGCGACGUAUCACUGGACUAAAACAAAGGGCCCGGAGGGGGUGAAAAUUGAAAAUGCAGACACUGCGGUUGCCACAGUGACCGGAUUGCAAGAGGGCGAGUACAUUUUCAUGCUGACAGUGACUGAUGAAAGGGAUCUGGAAAAUUCUGAUACAGUUUCAGUCAUUGUCAGAGAAGAGGAUGACCAGCCGCCUGUCGCCAAAGUGAUUUCCAGUCCUCCGAUCUCUCUGCCUGUUCGCAUGGCAGUUCUUGAUGGUUCACGGUCAUCGGAUGAUAAAGGUGGAAUUAGUUACGUCUGGUCCCGUGAUGAGAACAGUCCAGCUGCAGGGGAUGUUCUCAAUAACUCGGACCACCAGCCAGUGCUGUUUCUUGGUAAUCUGGUGGCAGGAAAGUACACCUUUACAUUGACAGUUACCGACAGUAAGGGGAAGACCAGUAUUGACAGAGGCACUGUAGAGGUUCGACCAGAUGUGUACGAGCGCGACUUGGUGGAAUUAAUCCUGGAAGUUGGUGUGGCUCAGGUGUCUAGCAGACAGAAAGACAUGUUGAUCAGACAGGUUGGCGUCCUGUUGGGUGUCCUGGACAGUGACAUCACUGUGCGAGAGAUUAGCGCCUUCAAUGAGCAUAGCACUCGCUUGGUAUUUCUGGUAUCAGGAGGUCCCGGACGACCUCCGUUGUCUGGCCACAGUGUUGCACUGGAACUGCGCAACAAACUUCGAAAGCAAAAAAAUGACUUCUUAAUCUUUAAGGCCCGGAGGGUGGACACAGUUGUAUGCCAGCUAAACUGCUCCAGUCACGGAGAAUGCGACUUUUUUACCAGACGUUGUGUUUGCCACCCAUUCUGGAUGGAAAAUUUAAUCAGAAUUCAUUUUGGCGAUGCCGAGACCAACUGUGAAUGGAGUGUAUUGUAUGUGACAAUAGCAUCAUUCAUGAUCGUGGUUGCUAUCGCAACAUUAAUCUGGGGUGUGGUGUGCUGCUGUAGAAGACGAAAAGGCAAAGUGAGACGAAAGAGCCGCUAUAAAAUGCUGGGAGAAGAUGAACAAGAGACUCUGGAGUUACAGUUACCUAGAACUGGUAAUAAAAUCCAUUAUCCUGCUUUUUAUAAGAAAAACGGUCGGAAGAAGCCGCUCUCAGUUCCAAAAUCAUCUGCGCUCAUGCACUCAGAUUCUGAUCUGGAAAGUGAUGACGGCCAGGCAGGUGUCCCCUGGUCUGACCGAGAGCGAGGAAAACUUCUACCACCCCAAAACGGAUCUCUCCGUAACGGCCAAGUUCCUCAUAAACUUAAAAAUCAAAGAGAGGAGCUGCUUUAGCAAAGGAGCCAAACCCUUUAUAACACCAACUGCACUGUUCACCUCUUAUCCACUUCCAUCUUUAGUUUUAUUUUUAAUGAAGGACUUUCAGGAUGACCUCUGAAACUGCACCUCCGGGUUGAAUCCCAGCCCACUCUGAGCCAAAAUAAUGUCGAUGAAAUAAAAAAGAAGAGGGAAUUUUUUCCUUGGAUGUGUUGAGCCAUGCGCCACAAAAGACAAUGAGAAUGUAUCUGCUUAACUACAGAGAGAGACUUUAUUUGUACAGGUCACCGUUUGGAAGGCAUUAAGCAUUGCAGUGUUGCUCUCGUAGAAACAUUUUCCCACCGGUAUGUCACAUCACACUGAGGAUGACUGAACACUGCUGGGCACGUGUAUUAAUUAGUAUGUUUGAUUAAUAAUAAUGCAGAGAGCUAUACGUGAGCGUGGUACGCACAGUGCCACAUUAUAAGACUGCAUGAAGAUUUUGGUUUCUUUUUUAUAGUUGGCAUGUUUUGAAUUGUGCAUAUGCUACUUUUCUCUGCAAUCCAGUGGCCAUAUGUAUGUAAGAAGUGGAUUUUUGCCACUUUAAACACCAGCAGAAGAUCUGAGCUGUGAAGUCUGCAACAUAAUAGCCAUGUUUGUCAAGGUGAGAGUAAAUGCUGCUGAGUCUUUGUCAAGGGGUUUAUCCUCCACUGGAAAUCACAUUUGAUGUUACACUGGAACAGAUCACAUUGUUGCUGGUGGUUUUGAUAAUGAAUAUGACAGAAGGGGGUCUUGGUUUACUCCUUAUCUCAACAUCCCAACCUUUCAUAAUCUCUACCAUCAUGUCAUUUAUUUAAUCAGUUUGUUUUAGUCAGUAAAUCUUAAGAACGUGUUCUGCUAGACCUGGCUUGCUUUGGAACUGUUGGUUUGUUUUUUAAAUAUUUUCUGUUCAGCUUUUUGAGAUACAGCACCACGAUGCUGAUUUUUAUGAAAGAACUGAGCGUAAAUAGGAUGAGAUGUGCGUGACCCCUCUCAUGUCUGAGUCUUGAACAUUCUUGUGAAUGCAUGAGUAUUUAAAUACCUCCACAGACUGGGAAAAUGAAGUGGUAUUGAUUUAUUUUUUAUUCAUGUUUUUUUUUUUUGUGAAGGAUUAUCUGUUUCAUGUGAAUUGUUCUAAUACAACUGGAGUAAAUAAAAUGUACUUACAGCUGUCUUUUUUUUUAUUAAUGUUACCCUUAGUUUUACACCUAAAUGCUUUUGGAUUUCACCAGAAUGUACAGAGUCGUGUAAACUUUACCUUAUAGGGAAGUAAAGGGUUUUGAAAUGCAAGAACCAAACCACAAGUUUAGUCUUAAAAUGUCUGUUUAAAAAGACAGUUUACAUUCCAUUAUAUUUAUCACUUUCUCUGUCAGGUUAAAUCAAGGAUUAAAACAACUUGUAUCCCUACUGUA